GAGAAGGGAUUCCAGAUUUGGAGCUUCCAGGACGUCCUCCACUCCCACAAAGUCCCCGCCCAUACCUAGGACCUGGGAAGCUCCAGAGAGAGAAAGAGAGAGAGAGGGGUGGCCCACCUCCAAGGAGCAGAUCCCAGCUAACCCCAUCUUUAGGCAGUUGUCUGGGGUCCCUCCGAGCUUCUGGGAGGCAUAGGGCUCCCAUUGUUCCAGCCCCCUCUUGUACCUGACUGGCCAAACCGGUUCUGGGGAAGGGGGGCGGGGAGCAGGCACGUUGAGACAGCCGCCUGCCUCUGCAAGGCUCCCUCCCCCUCGCCUCCCCCCUCCCUGCCCCACACAAUACCCAGGAGCUUACAUUGCCCGGCCUUGGAGCCAUGCUGACAUGGUCCUCUGAGGACUUGGCUACAACCCCAUUGCCCCCAGGGUGGCCUGGAGCCCUGGACUGUACCAGCAGCUUGACGGAGGAGCUCCCCGGCUGAGGCCCAGGAGGGUGACAGAGUAAAGAAGGAAUGGACUGUGGGCCACCUGCAACCCUCCAGCCUCACUUGGCUGGACCACCUGGCACCGCCCGUCGCCCAGUAGCUGUGUGCCAGCAGGAGAGCCUGUCCUUCGUGGAGCUGCCUCCGAGCCGACUGUGUGUGGAUCUCUUUCCCAUUGCUCCAGAGGAGCUGCAAGCUCCCGGUAGCCGCUGGUCCCUGGCAACCCCUGCCCCUCUCCAAGGACUGUUAUGGCCGACGUCCCCAGGAGGCCCAGAUACCCAUAUCGCCUCCACCAGUGGAGGAAUGAGACCCGGCAGGGCUGGCAGCUGGCCUCACUGUCCUGGUGCCCAGCCCCCAACUCUGGUGGAACCGUGGAGUUCUCAGCACAUGCAGCCCCAACGCAGGGCCAGCCACAGUGGCUCAGAGAAGUCAGCCUGGCGCAAGAUGCAGGUGUAUCAUAACGAAGAGGCCACCGGCACCGAGACCCCUACGGGCCUUCUGGAGACUGGCCAGGCUGCGCAAGAGCAGGCUCUGUGUGCUCUAGAGCCCGGGCCCCAGGAGCUUUCUGGGAACGCCAGAGGGGGCCUUGAGGCACCGGAGCGAAGGCGUUUCUCGGCCUCAGAGCUGAUGACUAGGCUGCAUUCCUCUCUGCGCUUGGGGCGCAGCACUGCCACCAGGGUUCUGACCUCGGGCUCAGGUGCUGGAGCCAUCCGGGAAGGGAAACUGCCCGUGAGGGAAUCCCGAAGAGCCGAGACAAGGGCGGACAGUGUGUCGCUUCCAGGACCCGUCGAUCUAAACGAGGUCCACGGUGGUCUGGUGGAACCCAGGCUGGACACGCAAGACAAGCCGACUCAGGAUCCCAGCAGCGCCACUGAGAGGCGCCAGUCCCGCUUCCUCCUUAAUUCUGUCCUCUACCAGGAGUACAGCGACGUGGCCAGCGCGCGCGAGUUGCGGCGGCAGCAGCGUGAGGAGGAGGGCCCCGGGGACGGAGCGGAGGGCGCGGAGGAGGGGCCCGGGCCACCGCGCGCCAACCUCUCCCCGAGCAGCUCUUUCCGCGCGCAACGCUCGACGCGGGGCUCCACCUUCUCGCUGUGGCAGGACAUCCCCGACGUGCGCGGCAGUGGCGUCCUGGCCACGCUGAGCCUGCGCGACUGCAAGCUGCAGGAGGCCAAAUUUGAGCUGAUUACCUCGGAGGCCUCCUACAUCCAUAGCCUGUCGGUGGCCGUGGGUCACUUCUUAGGUUCCGUGGAGCUGAGCGAGUGUCUGGGGACUCAGGACAAGCAGUGGCUAUUUUCAAAACUGCCCGAGGUCAAGAGCACCAGUGAGAGGUUCCUUCACGACCUGGAGCAGCGUCUAGAGGCCGAUGUGCUGCGCUUCAGCGUGUGCGAUGUGGUUCUACACCAUUGCCCCGCAUUCCGCCGAGUCUACCUGCCUUACGUCACCAACCAGGCCUACCAGGAGCGCACCUACCAGCGCCUGCUCCUAGAGAACCCCAAGUUCCCCGGCAUCCUGGCUCGCCUAGAGGAGUCUCCUGUGUGCCAGCGGCUGCCUCUCACCUCCUUCCUCAUCUUACCGUUCCAGAGGGUUACCCGCCUCAAGAUGCUGGUAGAGAACAUUUUGAAGCGGACAGCACCGGGCUCCCAAGAUGAGGACAUGGCCACCAAGGCCUUCAGCGCUCUAAAGGAGCUGGUGCAGGAGUGCAACGCGAGCGUGCAGUCCAUGAAGCGGACGGAGGAACUAAUUCACCUAAGCAAGAAGAUCCAUUUUGAGGGCAAGAUCUUCCCGCUGAUCUCACAGGCCCGCUGGCUGGUCCGGCACGGGGAGCUGGUGGAGUUGGCCCCCCUGCCCGCCGCACCGCCAGCCAAACUGAAGCUGUCCAGCAAGGCCGUGUACCUUCACCUCUUCAAUGACUGCCUGCUGCUGUCCCGGAGGAAGGAGCUCGGGAAGUUUGCCGUUUUUGUCCAUGCCAACAUGGCUGAGCUACAGGUUCGAGACCUCAGCCUGAAGCUCCAGGGCAUCCCAGGCCAUGUGUUCCUGCUCAGGCUGCUGCACGGGCAGCGCGCCAGGCACCAGCUGCUGCUGAGAGCACGGACCGAAAGUGAGAAGCAACGGUGGAUUUCAGCCUUGAGACCAUCCAGCCCCCAGGAGGACAAGGAGAUCACAUGUGAUGGGGAAGACCGACCCCAGGUCCAGUGUGUGAGGACCUACAAGGCCCUGCAGCCAGAUGAACUCACCUUGGAGAAGACAGACAUCCUGGCAGUGAAGACCAGGACCAGCGAUGGCUGGCUGGAGGGCGUGCGCCUGGCCGAUGGUGAGAAGGGAUGGGUGCCUCAGGCCCAUGUGGUGGAGAUCAGCAGCCUCAGCGCUCGACUGCGCAACCUCAGAGAGUACAAGAGGGUCUCCAACGCCAGCAGCAAGCUGGGGGACCCACCUGCCUGAUGCUCUGCUGGGGCCCAGCUGGGGCCACUCGGGUGCGGGUGGCCUCUGUGUGUCUGAGGGCCGCCUUCACAGUCACUGGGGGGUGUCAGUCCUGUAAAUAUGCUCUGGCUGCCUCUGCUCACAGUCUGAGCUGGGGCCUUUGCACCGGCUGCCCCAUCAGGAGGGCGGGGCUGGCUGUUCCUGCUGUCACUGGUCUCCAGGUGUCCCGUGGGCAGAGGGGCUGCCUCAACCUGCUACUUUGUCCUCCAAGUAGCAAAGUGUCAGAUCCAAGCAGGCUUGAAUAUUAAAGUGACUCUGUGAGUUUUCCUAGUUGCCAAGAAAGCAACCACCGACUGGGGGGCCUUGAAACUAUCAAAGCACAGCUCAGAGGCCAGGCUCACAACUCAACCUCCUGGGCUGGGCUCCAGGAGGAGGUGAUGCCGGGGCCCCAUCAGGAUUUCAGGAGAGAAUCGCUCUUUGCCUCUGUGAACUUUGUGGUUGCCAGUGAGCGGCACUUGCAGACAAAUCCCAAUCCUACUACGUGUCCUCGUCCGCCUCCAGCUGUGAGCCUAUGGCUUCAAUGGGAGAUCCCCUGCCCCCCAACCAUCUCCCCAUCACUACCCUGGAAAAACCAUCUACAAACAUACAUCUUCCCUGUUUUGUUGUUUUGUUUUGCUUAUUUGUUUAAAAAAACGUUUUAGAUGUAUUUCAUGUAGCAUCUGCUUCUGUGCACCCUGUGCAUGUAAUACCAGGGGAGGCCAGAAGAGGGCGACAGAUUCCCUGAAAAUGGAGUUACAGAUGGUUGUGAGCCACCAUGAGCUAGGAACCAAAACCAGGUCCCAGUCAGUGCCUUUAACCCCCAAGCCACCUCUCCGACCCCCUACAUACAGUUUAAAAUAUGUAACAUUAGCUGGGCAGCGGUGGCGCUUACCUUUAAUCAUAGCACUCAGGAGGCAGAGGCAGGUGGAUCUCUGAGUUCAAGGCCAGCCUGGUCUACAGAGUUCCAGGACACAGGACUACACAGAAAACAAGUCCCCGGAAUAAAGACAUAAAUAUG